AUGGGUGAGGACAAGCCAGAAGGAGACAGCGAAGGGGUUGCCGUUCAAGUUCCCCUCCAGCCGGGAGAGUCUGUUGCAGCUUUCGAUGCAUCUUUUGAACCGCCUUACGGAUGGGUUGUCUGCAUAGCCAUGCAUUUGAUCAAUGGCUUCACCUGGGGAAUCAUUGCGUCCUAUGGUGUUUACCUCUCAUACUAUAUUGAUCAUUCCAUAUUCCCUGGUGCCUCAGAUCUGGACUACACUUUUAUCGGCGGCGUCAACUUUGCUUGUGCCAUGCUGUGCGGGCCAGUCGUCAACUUGUUUGUCCGGAGACUUGGGACGCAUGUGCCUAUGUACUGCGGCUGCAUCAUGUUUGCAGGGGGAUUCGUUGCUGCGUCGUUCGCCACAGAAUUUUGGCAUCUUGUUUUGACACAGGGGAUCCUGGUCGGACUGGGAACUGGCUUUUCGUGGUUACCUGCCACUCCCAUCCUCCCCCAGUGGUUUAAUAGGAAUCGGAGCCUAGCACAAGGAAUCGCAGCAGCAGGGAGCGGCGUUGGGGGAAUCAUCUUUUCUGCCGCAACGACACCCAUGAUCCACAAUCUCUCGCUUGCUUGGUCGCUUCGGAUUACUGGCAUCCUUUCAUUUGGGGUUCUAUUCACCGCAUGUUCGUUGAUCCGAGACCGAAACAAAAAAAUCCGCCCAAGCUUCAAAGCCAUAGACACAGAUCUCCUGAAAAGGUAUCGGGUCUGGUUGCUUAUUGUGUACACGUUCUUCUCGGUUCUCGGAUAUAUCGUGGCCAUCUAUUCUCUAGGCGCAUUCGCAACAUCAAUUGGAUUGACGCAGGAUCAAGGCGGGAUCGUGAUUACUAUCAUGAAUGUCGGAACUGCAAUCGGAAGGCCUUUCGUUGGCGUCCUUAGCGAUCGAUUUGGCAGGAUGACAGUGGCAUGCCUCCUGACCGCGUCAAACACUGUGCUAGCAUAUGCGAUCUGGAUUCCUGCUGACUCUUACGGCGUGCUCAUCUUCUUUGCUCUUGUUGUGGGCGCCACCAGUGGUGUAUAUUGGGGUACCAUUGCACCUCUUUGCGCCGAGGUCGUCGAGCUGAAAGAACUCCCAUCAGCACUUAGCCUAAUGUGGGUGACUGUGUCCAUGCCUGCUUUAUUUUCAGAAGCAAUUGCAUUGGAAAUCCGCCGACCUCACUCGUCUCGUCCAUAUCUAUGGCCUCAAAUCUAUACUGGCUUGGUGUUCCUGAUUGCUAGUCUCUUCAUGUUCGAACUCCGCCGGCAAAAAUGGGGCUUCAGCAGGGAGAGGCACAGAUGA